AUGACCGCGGACUCACGGUUGGAUACAGCGCUGAGGACUCAAAUUGGAACGGCAGGAUACGCGGCUCCGGAAGUUCAGGGAUUCAUAACUCUUAAAGAUGCAGCCUAUACCUCUGCCGUGGAUAUAUGGUCACUCGGGGAAAUUGCUUUCCGCCUCAUCACUAAUCAGCCGACAUUCUCCAACAAUCGCUUGCUGUUCAACUACAUAACAACGGGAAAUUCGUUUCCGUCCAAUAUUCUAGCCCAAAGGAACUGCGGGCAGUUCAUCCAAAACGCCAUGGUGGUUUCACCAUCAAAACGGCCCACCGCAUCUCAAAUUCGCUCUUGUUCUUGGAUCUCGACAUUAACUAUACCACCGGAAUCUAGUAUACCGUCAAGCGACGGGUGA